GUUUUUUAAAAUUUUCUGACAUGACACGUUUUGGAAUUAAAAAAAAUAUAGGCCACUACAGGAACUCAAACGUUCGUAGGAAGGCGGGUCGCGAUGACACUCAAACUGUUAAUGCAAGUGGCAAUGCCAAAGCAAGAUCUCCUGCGAAUACAAAUGUCCAUGCCAAUAGAAACAAUAUCCAAUCGAUAAAUCGAACUAACCAAUCAAUUCAAAGAACCAAUCUUAAUGGUCGACCAGCAGAACGUCGAACUACGCCGCUCCAAGCACCAAACCGACACAUGCGGCACACUUCGUCAAACGAUCGCAUUAAUGACGACAUGCCUAGUUCUUCGAGAGGUGUGCAACGUACGGUGAGAUCUUCUGUCAAUACCAGGGAUAGUCCCAACGCUACAGGGCAACUUAUAGCAAGAUCUCCUGUAAUUAGUGCUAAUUCCAAAGCUUUUGGCCCAGCGAUUUAUCGAGGAAGUUUUCUUCAAGUGCGUCUACCAAAUGCUCAAUCCCAACUUAGACCUCAUCCCGUUCAUAUUCGACGAAAAACGGAUUCGAAUAAAUCUUUAGUGUCCAGGUCUCAGGCUCCACAAGUUCAAGCUAUGUCCGGGGAGAGAGGUUAUGACACCAGAAAACUUAGACACAAUAGCGCUGGAUUUUUAGUACCCGGACGUGGACCUUGUUUGCGUCAAUUUCAUAGUUGCUGUGGUUUAACUGCUACGCCUCCUAAACUAAGGUUCAAAUUCUGGAGUUGGCAUAAAUCUUCACAAAACGCGGACAAGGCGUCGGAAUCGAAAAAUGCCUCUGCUGGUUCUAAUGACAAUCGCAAUGCCUAGCCGAUUAUGUCAUUAGAGCUUUUCCAAAAUUUUCGGACAUGACACGAUUUGAAGUCGGCAAAAUUAAAGGCCACUAUCGGAACUCAACCGGUCAUAGGGAGGCGGAUCGCGAUGACAAUCAAACUGAUUAUUCUGAGAAUGAUUGCGCCCAACCAUCAACACCGCCACAAGCAGAACCACCACAAUGCAAGCCACGAGGAUGCCCGAAUAGUAAUGUUCCAAGAGAAUCGGGCGAAAAUAUUUAUGUCCUAAGGAACUGCAAUGAGUGCCAUGACUAUACGGUAAGGCCAUGCAGAAAAUGCAAUUGUCCGCUUCGACGACGAUCCGCUGAAAAUCCCCAACUACAAUCACAGAACGAGGCACAUUUAUCUGAAGAUUCCAGAUUGACCGAGCCUUCUACAUCAAAGCCAAAAGAAAUACAUAAGAUAAAUCGCCGUCGAUCUGGUGGCACUUGCCACGACCAAGUGUGCCAACUAUGCGGACAACAUAAUGUAGCUGAAGCCACACCUCCUGGCGGUUAUGAAGGAAUGUGUAUACAGUGCAAUUCCAAAAUCCAAAAUGCCAUGAACACCUUCUAUGCCCAGCAGGCCCACCAGGCUGGACAGCCGCCAUGGCCAAACUAUCAGCCGGCACAGCCCUAUGUCUAUCAGCAAGCACCUAUGCCUAAUCAAUGGCCUAACCAAGUGCCCAGCACUGCAGAUCCCACAAAGGAGGCACCUCUGCCUAAUCAAUGGCCUAACCAAGUGCCCAGCACUGCAGAUCCCACAAAGGAGGCACCAUUUAAUAUUAUUGUUUUGCAAGAUUGUCACAAUAAUAAUGCUCUCAUUGAUCAACUGACUAAUGCCAUUAGCCGUAUAGGAACUAAUCCAUCGUCACAGGGUCCGAGACUUUCAAAUAAUAUCUAUGGCCAUGGUGGCCUCAUUGAUUACCAGUAUAUUAAUUACAAUGAACCUCCACCUCCUCACCCGCAUGACAUGUAUACAAGGCGAUCAUAUCAAUAUGAUAACUAUAAUGACUUUCAAUAUGCCCAGAAUCCUACUUACCAACGUCCUUACCCUGAAAAUCCAAAUGGGAAUCAUAAUCAGCCAAAGUUAGAAAAUAAUGAUGAUGAGUAUCAAAAAGAUGCCCCCCUCAAAGGUGAAAGUCAGCAAGAAACUUGCAAUCUAAACAGUUGUCCACUUAAAACAAAUGAGCCAAAUGAUUCAAAUGGAUGCUCUUGUGAUUGUAAUUACUGCCGUAAGGGAUUCGAAACUAAAGAAAGGCUGGCCGAACUAAUUGCUCAAGCUCUGGAAAUUUUUAUUAUGGGAACGAACGCUAAGAGCAAACCAGAUCACGAAAAGGAUGCGCAUAAAAAGGAAGCCAAGCCUAAGACAAAACCGGCAAAAGCAGUAGCACGAAUCAGUAAAACCAAACCAAAGGCUGUACCAAUAGCACUUUCAAGAAGUUCCUCACGGGAGAAUUCCAUUCGUUCAAUUUCCAGAGAAGGUUCUAGAAUAUCCACAAAGCUCGCAAGUGCCAAUAGUGGUGCAUCUAUAAGGGAAAGUCUGCCAAGAAAAUCUUCAAAAAUGUUUGAGAGUGUGAAAAGUUUUCAGAAGAAGCCAACAAAAGAAAGAAGAUCCAAGCGUAAUAGAAAACACAGUCAAGGCAGAGUCAAAUAUCGCGGUGGUGGUGGCUCUGCCAAUGAUCCUCAGGAUUUUCUUAGACGUUCCAAUCGUGACCUUUUAGCUGGUAAUACGGGAAGUAAAACUUUCUUUUUGCCCAACUGCGCCAAAAAUCAAUGCAAGUCCGGCUGUGGUGGACGAUGUGCAAAACCCCCGCAUAAUUGUAACUCUGGUUGCAAGGGCUGCUGUCGAGCGUCCUGUGCGAAAUCAAAUAUGGGUAGUGGUGGUGUCGGUGGUGCUGGUGGUGCUAGUGGUGGCGGUGCCGAUGGCGAUGGAGAUAAUCGUACACGACCAAUAAGUUCCCGGCAUGCUCGCUGCUUUCAAUGCAAUUCAGGCAAACCAGGUCAUCGACAAUGGCAUGAAUACGAUGCCGAUUCUUGCCCCAUGAGACAAAAGGAUGGAGGAGCAGGUGGAGGAGGUAAAGGCAGAUGUUGUGGUGGUGCCGGCUAUAUGGGUAGACGUGUAGGUGGCAAAUCUCCAUCCAUUUGUGCCGUCACUGGACUCAGUAGAAUAGCCCACUAUAGACCAGGCAUGUUGAAUUUCCCUGUCAAUUAUAUUAUCGAUGGCAUUCAUUCAAAACGCAGUUCACUGGUGCGGACUGCCGCCGGAGUAACCCUUCAACAGGGACCCUUCCUAAUGACUGCCACACAUGCGCCACAUUUGCCGCGCAUUCCAAUGCAUCCAAACGUAAACGAGACUAAGAAACAGCGAAGGAAAUGGCUUUGAGUUCCAGGUUUUUGGGGCGUCACAACAAAUUAUGUUUUAUAAGUAACGCAAGUAACGGAGUACCUAUAAUGCAUAAUUUUCUGUAGUCGCCAAAAGUCGACGUAGUGGUUUAUAGUUUUUGUAAUAGAAAUUCCCAUGUAUAUAUUUGCAAUAAACCGUCAAGGAAAAAAAAAACAAGUGAAA